CACAAAUCAAAGAGGGAGGCCCUUUAUUACAUCGCUCAACCAUAACACCCUUCAAAUUUCUCCGCCCCGUAAUUCUGCUUUUUGUUUCUACAUUCUUCAUUCUCCAAUAUAUUACCUUGCUCGCCCAGCUUCGAUCUGCUAUCUUCUCCGCUGAUUUCAAUGGCCACCCUUUUCCAAGGACUUCCAUCUUCCACCGCAUUCUCUUCCUCCAACAAAUUCAACCACGCCCCAGCCCCUACAUCCUUUUCAGGUACCUGGAAUAAUGAGAGGAAAUCUAGCAUAGUUACUGUCAGAUCUGAUGCGAGGUGGAGCCCUGUUCUUAACUCUGCAACUCACAAGCCUCAGCGCUUGAUUACUAAUGCUGUUGCAACAAAGGCAGACAGUUCCUUGGCCUCUACGUCAUCAAAACCUGGGCAUGAACUUCUCCUUUUUGAAGCCCUGCGUGAAGGUUUGGAAGAAGAAAUGGAGAGGGAUCCAUGUGUGUGUGUCAUGGGGGAAGAUGUAGGCCACUAUGGAGGAUCUUACAAGGUGACUAAGGGCCUGGCCACUAAGUUUGGGGACCUCAGGGUCUUGGACACUCCUAUUGCUGAGAACUCCUUCACCGGCAUGGGCAUUGGAGCUGCCAUGACUGGUCUGAGGCCAAUUAUUGAGGGCAUGAAUAUGGGAUUUCUCCUUCUGGCAUUCAACCAAAUCUCCAACAAUUGCGGCAUGCUCCAUUACACGUCCGGAGGCCAGUUUAAGAUACCAGUUGUUAUUCGCGGACCAGGUGGAGUUGGGCGGCAACUUGGUGCCGAGCACUCACAGCGACUGGAGUCAUAUUUCCAGUCUAUCCCUGGCAUUCAGAUGGUGGCAUGCUCAACCCCUUACAAUGCCAAGGGGCUGAUGAAAGCUGCAAUCCGAAGCGAGAACCCGGUGAUUCUUUUCGAGCACGUCUUGCUUUAUAACCUCAAGGAUAGAAUUCCGGACGAAGAGUAUGUAUUAUCGCUGGAAGAAGCAGAGAUGGUUCGACCCGGGGAGCAUGUGACCAUCUUAACAUACUCCAGGAUGAGGUACCAUGUGAUGCAAGCCGCAAAGACAUUGGUGAACAAAGGGUAUGAUCCGGAAGUGAUUGAUAUCAGGUCCUUGAAGCCAUUUGACCUUCACACAAUUGGGAAGUCAGUGAAGAAGACUCAUAGGGUGCUGAUAGUGGAAGAGUGCAUGAGGACAGGUGGAAUUGGUGCAAGUCUCACAGCUGCCAUCACUGAGAAUUUCAACGAUGAUUUAGAUGCUCCAAUUGUGUGCUUAUCUUCUCAGGAUGUGCCAACCCCAUAUGCCGGAACGUUGGAGGAAUGGACCGUGGUUCAACCUGCUCAGAUUGUCACAGCAGUUGAGCAACUCUGCCAAUAAACUAUUAUUCUAUUGAUCAGGAUUUCAUUUUGCUAUAGCUACAGCUACAACCUUCAUUCCAAUCUUUUACUUUUAGUUUUCUCCCACAACAUGAACUUUGGAUAUUGUUUGCAAUUUUUGUUUUCUUCUUUUGAUAUUGUUUUCAAUUUGUUGCCAAAACGUUUUAUUUUAUUGAAAACACGGACAGUUAUAAAAUGUGAGAAAGUGAUCCAUCA